UGUCAACAUGAAGCAAACUUCACGCGGCUGACCAAUCAGCGUUAAGAUGGAUAGACUCUUGUAAAGAUGGCGACAGUGAGGCUCAGAGGAGUAAAAACUGGACGCUUAUCCCUUAAUGAACACCACCGGUCCAGACAGCGUAACAACUGACAAAGCUCGGGGAGCAAACGCAGAUUGACCGGCGUACUAGUCGGCGGACAAUACUUAGUAUAGUGCGGCGCCGUGACGGGCCUCGCGGCUUUUGUUUUUGGGUACACCGCGGACCGCUCGUUAGCUUUAAGUUUGAAAAUCCUAUGCUAGCCCGGGGCUAGCCGUGUUGCUCAGUCGGCUGUUUUGGUAUUUCUGUAUGGAACCUGUGGAUAAAAAUCCUGCCCAGUGCCAUUACCGGGCUCCUUUUUAGUGUUUGUCUCAGCGAAAAACAGACACUAUGAGUCGCCCGUAGAAGCUAGCACCGAGGAUCUGGGAUUGCUGCUGCGCUACUCGGGAGUGUCGAGGCACAGCGAGUCUUUGCCGUCAUGUAUUUUUUAACCGGUUGGCCGCGGAGGUUGCUUUGUCCGCUGAAGAGCGAAGAAGAGCCGUUCCACAUCCAGCCCAGCUCCCAGAGGUUUUACUUCGCCCUGGUGUCAGAAACCCAGAUCAGCAUCUGGUUCAGCCGGCCCAGUGUUUUAAUAGUCAGCUAUAUCGAGUCGGUGAAGGCUGCGGCCCAGUUUGGCUUCUACCAGAAAGCAGAAUGGAAACCAGAUGACUCCAUGAUAGCUGUGGCAACUGCCAAAGGCUACAUCCUCCUGUUUGACGUAUUGGGUGGAGGCGAUGAGAAGUACCUGUAUGAGCCCGUUUAUCCAAAAGGAAGCCCUCGUGUGAAGGUGACCCCGGGUUAUAAGGAGGAGCAAUGCGCCCCCGCGCUCUCUUUAGAGAUGAAGAAGCCUGUGGAUCUGGAGGCUCCUAUUACCAGUCUGCAGUCCCUCCAAGAGAACCUUCUGGUUUGUACUGCAGAUGGGUACCUUCAUGUUUUGCACUGGGAUGGACAGGGCAGCAAUGGCCGCAAGGCUAUUUGCCUAACUACAAUCCCCUUUUCCUUAGACCUGCAGUCUGCAAGAGCUGGUCCCGCUCUGGAUCUGGAGGGAGUUUAUAUUUGCUGCAUGGAGUACUGUGUGACCCUGGAUGGCUUCGCCGUGGUUCUCAGUGACGGGCGGCUGGGCUUCAUCACACCUCUGAGCAACACCAUCAUCGCAGAUCAGCUGCAGGGCGUCUGGGCAGCAGACGUGAGCGACGGCACCUGCGUGGCCGUGAACAACAAGUACAGGCUGAUGGCUUUUGGCUGUGCCAGUGGCUCAGUGUUGGUGUACAUGAUUGACACCACAACAGGAUCCAUGCAGCUGUCUCACAAACUGGAGCUCACACCAAAACACUACCCAGAUAUCUAUAACAAGACGGGUGCCGUUAAGGUAAUCUGCUGGUCGCCUGACUGCAGCGUUGCCAUGGUUACAUGGGAAUGUGGCGGCCUCUCCUUGUGGAGUGUGUUUGGAGCGCACCUCAUCUGCACUCUGGGAGAGGACUUUGCGCAUCGUUCUGAUGGUACCAAAAAGGAGCCACUUAGGAUAAGCUCUAUGAGCUGGGGAGCAGAGGGCUACCAUUUGUGGGUUCUUCCCAGCAAUCAGGGAAGGAGGAGAAAAGAAGAACACAGUAUGGAGGAGGAUUCACCUCCUCACCCUUUCCUGCGGGCUGGAAUACUGCAGUUCCACUUCAUCAAGAGUGCACUCACAGUCAACCCGUGCACGAGCAACCAGGAGCAUGUGUUACUCCACGGCGAAGACCGCCUCUACCUGACCUGUGGCGACCCCACACAGAUCCACAGCACCUCCGACGCACACCCGCACACGCAUCUACACCCGCACGACGGCAGCCCGCUGCACCAACCCGCCCACCCCGACUCCUCUCUAUCUCAGGGACUCAGCACUUUAUUAGGACACAAGCAUUGGCACGUGGUCCAGAUUCACAGCACAUACUUGGAGAGUAACUGGCCUAUACGGUUUGCAGCCAUAGACACGGCGGGCCAGUGCAUGGCUGUGGCAGGAAGGCGAGGAUUUGCACAUUACUCUUUAUUCACCAGGAAGUGGAAGCUGUUUGGGAACAUCACUCAGGAACAGAACAUGACAGUUACCGGAGGUCUGGCCUGGUGGAAUGACUUUGUGGUGGUGGCCUGCUAUAACUUCACAGACCAGCAGGAGCAGUUGAGACUCUAUCAACGCUCAUCCAAUCUGGACAACGCCUUUGCCUCGGUCACGAAGCUCCACGCAGACACUCUGCUGCUCAACGUCUUCAGAGACAUGAUCAUCCUGUUCAGGGCCGACUGCUCCAUCUGCCUCUACAGCAUAGAGAAGAGGAAUGAGGGUCUUGGGCAGUCAGCCAGUGUGGAGUUGCUCCAGGAGGUGUCGAUGUCUCGCUACAUCCCUCACCCGGCACUGGUGGUCUCUGUCACCCUCACGUCUGUGCGCACAGAGACUGGGAUCACGCUGAAAGCCCCACAGCAGGCCUGCACGGCGGAGAGCAUCAUGUUGAAUCUGGCUGGCCAGUUGAUCAUGCUGCAGAGGGACCGCUCAGGACCGCAGGUACGAGAGAAAGAGACCCCGGCAAUCAAUAAGAAGCUGCUACCGUUCUCUCCUCCUGUGGUGCUGGCCCAGUGUGUGGAAAACGUGUGGACCACCUGUCGCUCCAACAAGAAGAAGCGCCACCUGCUGGAGGCUCUGUGGUUGUCCUGCGGUGAAGCCGGAAUGAAAGUGUGGCUGCCGCUGUUCCCGCGAGACCAUCGCAAGCCGCACUCGUUCCUCUCCAGGAGGAUCAUGCUGCCCUUCCACAUCAACAUCUAUCCUUUAGCGGUGCUGUUUGAGGACGCUCUGGUGCUGGGGGCAACCAAUGAGACCGUGCUGUACGACGGGCUGCAGGGAUCCUCUGAACCACUAGAGGCGCUGUUCCCUUACUGCACAGUGGAGAGGACCUCCCAAAUCUACCUCCAUCACAUCCUGAGGCAGCUGCUGGUUCGCAACCUGGGUGAACAGGCUUUGAUGCUGGCUCAGUCCUGUGCGGGUCUGCCCUACUUCCCUCACGUCAUGGAGCUGAUGGUUCACGUUGUCCUGGAGGAAGAGGCAACGUCCCGGGAGCCGAUACCCGAUCCCCUGCUCCCCACGGUGGCGAAGUUCAUCACCGAGUUCCCCCUUUUCCUUCAAACUAUCGUUCACUGUGCCAGGAAGACCGAGUACGCCCUGUGGAACUACCUGUUCGCCGCGGUGGGAAACCCCAAAGAUCUGUUCGAGGAGUGCCUCAUGGCUCAAGACCUGGACACCGCAGCUUCUUAUCUGAUCAUACUGCAGAACAUGGAGGUUCCUGCCGUGAGCAGACAGCACGCCACUCUUCUCUUCAACACCGCACUGGAGCAAGGAAAAUGGGAUCUCUGUCGGCACAUGAUCCGAUUCCUUAAAGCCAUCGGCUCUGGAGAGAUGGAUACGCCUCCUCCAACGCCCUCUACUCAGGAACCCAGCUCAACCGGAGCCUUCGAGUUUUUCAGAAAUCGCAGCAUCAGCUUGUCUCAGUCAGCAGAUUCCAUCUCGACGGGAAAGUUCAACCUGCAGAAGACCUUCAGCAUGCCCACCGGAUCCUCUCCCAAAGGUGCGGACUGCCCUGAAAACAUGUACAUCGACAUGAUGCUGUGGCGCCACGCCCGCCACCUCCUGGAGCAGGUCCGCCUCCGGGACCUGGGAUGUUUCUCGGCACAGCUGGGCUUCGAGCUCAUUGGCUGGUUGUGCCGCGAGCGAAAUCGAGUGGCUCGGGUCGAAGACUUUGUUUUGGCUUUGAAGAAACUUCACGAGGACUUCCUGUGGCCGUUCCCCGUUAUUCCUGUGGGAAGCCUCAGUUCGCCGCUGAAGAACGGACGCUGCCGACCAGUGCUGAGCACACAGCUGCUGAAGUCACAGUCUGCAGACAGCCUCCUGAACAGCGACAUGGACACAGCGCCCCCUCUGGCAGUUCCUAUGAACCACACCUGGACCGACAGCCUGGGACAAAGGUCCAAAGACACGGACACGGCUUCAUCCGCCCACUCCAACCAAAACUCUCCACAGACGUACGACGCCUUCCUGUCGCUGGUCACUAACAAAGUGGAGGAGUACAGCAUCGGUUCAGCCACAGACCUGACAGAGACCAGCUCCAUGGUGGACGGCGACUGGAUGAUGGUGGAUGAGAACUCCUCCACUUUGAGUUUGAGUCAGGCCGAGCUGGAGCACAUCUCCAUGGAGCUGGCCAACAAGGGGCCGCAUAAGUCUCAGGUGCAGCUCAGGUACCUCCUCCACGUGUUCAUGGAGGCGGGCUGUUUGGAGUGGUGCGUCGUGAUCGGUUUGAUCCUGCGGGACACAAACGUCAUCAAACAGGUGAUCAGUUUCCUGGACAACCCAGAGGUCCCUGCAGAAACUGUGCAAAGCAUCCGGAAAGGCUUGCUGGCCGUGGACACGUGGGCCUCCUCUGACAGUCUGGGAUACAAGCCGUUUCUGAACCUGAUCCAGCCGCAGCUGCAGCACCUGAUGGAGUCCACGUCUGAGCAGGUGCAGCCCGAAGCUUUCCAACCUGCCACCCAGAGCUCCAAGCUGAGCGGUUCGGACGGGCUGGGAGGAGCCACGGCACCCCGGGCUGAGGACAGCAGAGGAGGAGCCGCCCCUCUGGGCCUGACCCUGCCCGCCUUAGAGCCCGCGGGAGGCUAUAACCGCACCCCUUCAGAAGACUGUCCGUCGGAGCAGUCGGAGGUGCAGGGAGAGGAGGAGGGGACCUACGACUGCACCCUGUCCUGAACGCCAGAGCUCCUCCAGCUGGCGAACGCUUUGACUGAUGGAAUAACCUGACUGGAAACAGACUGUGUGAAUGUUUGUGUGGCUCCUUGCAGGUUCUGACUUCACCUCAGUAUUAUCUUCAUUCUGACCCUUUUUUGUCAAGUCAAAGCCCUGUGGAUUCCCAGCAUGCCGUCUGAUCGGGUGGCUUAGUUUAGUGAGUUUUUUGUUCAUUUGGUAUUUGGAAGCUGCUGAGCAGCAAACAAAACACCGGAAUCUGUUUCUUUCCCCCUAAACUUUAUUGUUUCAUCUAAUAAUACAAAGAGGAUCUCAAAGAGCAUUACUGUAGAACAAAGCUUCAUCAGAAGAGUGUCUGAGCCGAAAACCAACAAGCACAAGAGGUGUUUUCGUACUUUGGUACCUCAUGGUUUUACAAUAUUUUUAUACCUUUUCAAUAUUAUAACAAUGUUAUUUUUUUUUCUAUCAACUCUUGUUUUUCUCUGUAAAAAUAGUUCAUUCUUAUAACACUAUAGGAUACAGGAGUUGAUGUAAGUGAGAAAAACAGCUCAGACCUUUCUGGAAAAUUCCGAAUGUUAAUUCUCGCCGUUUGGAGGAAGUUUUGGACCUAUUCCACAUUUAAAGUUCUAAUUCAUCUGCUGUCCUCUGACAGCUGGUUCUCAUUCAGUGCAGCGUGCCGAGUGGAUUUCUUGUAUUCAUGUGUUGGAUCACCUGGCGUUGAUUUCCCUUGUAUUAUUCCUUAUUUAUUGGCGCAAUAGCUGAGCGACGAAUGCCGAAAUGAUGAAAUACGUUUUUAUGACUGACGACAACUUUUCCCAGCUUUUGUCAAUCGGUCGGUUCUCAAGCGCUGUCGGGUGUGUUGGAUGCAUCAGUAUUAUAUCGUGCAAUGUAUUUGAAAUGUUACUCGAGCUUUAUGUUUUUAUGUCGACUCAUCUCUUCUCACUGCAGACCAAAACCCCCUUUGUUGUUUUUGUUUUCCGGUCGGGUGUCUUUUAGGCUAAAAUGAAUGUCCAAACUCUCGUCCCCAAUGCCGAAGCCGCCUCCAAGCCCGCAGCCUGACCGCGCUGCUCCACGGCGAGCUUUACUUGACUUGAAAACGGUAACUUGACGAACCAAAGACGUAAACGUCCAGAGGCCUUUCUGUUGAAACUCAUGGCUGCGACUGAAGUCGGAGAGAACAAAAACCUGGCCCUCCUUCUGAACUUAUGCUCAUGGCAUACGAGACAGUUUCCUACGGAAAUGAAUAAUGUGGAUCUUUCUCUGCAGGGGAGAGGAGGAGGAGUCAGGAGAGCAUCGUGGUGCUCCGCCCCUGAUGUGUACAAUGUUAAAGUAUUGCCUGUGUACUCGGCAGGCAUCCUCAAUGCAGUGUAAAGCUACUCUCUUGUACAUUUGCCUUUUCUACUCAUUUGGUUUUCUACUUCAUUUUUUUCCCUGUACAUAAAAAAACCAAUAAAUUAUUUUUAAAAUGUAAA